ACAUAUAGGACUCCAACAGACACACCAUGAUCAGGGCCCUACUGCUGUCUACACUGGUGGCUGGAGCUCUCAGCUGUGGGCUCCCCGCUAACCUGCCCCAACUUCCCAGGGUGGUUGGAGGUGAAGAUGCAAGGCCCAACAGCUGGCCCUGGCAGGUCUCCCUGCAGUACGACUCCAGUGGCCAGUGGCGCCACACCUGCGGAGGGACUUUGGUGGACCAGAGCUGGGUCCUGACAGCUGCCCACUGCAUCAGCUCCUCCAGGACCUACCGCGUGGUGCUGGGCCGGCACAGCCUCUCCACCAAUGAACCCGGUUCGCUGGCCGUCAAGGUCUCCAAGCUCGUGGUGCACCAGGACUGGAACUCCAACCAGCUCUCCAACGGGAAUGACAUUGCCCUGCUCAAACUGGCCAGCCCUGUCUCCCUGACCGACAAGAUCCAGCUGGGCUGCCUGCCCGCCGCCGGCACCAUUCUACCCAACAACUACGUCUGCUACGUCACAGGCUGGGGAAGGCUGCAGACCAACGGGGCUUCUCCUGACAUCCUGCAGCAGGGCCAGCUGCUGGUUGUGGACUAUGCCACGUGCUCCAAGCCUGGUUGGUGGGGCAGCACUGUGAAGACCAACAUGAUCUGUGCGGGUGGCGAUGGCAUCAUUUCCAGCUGCAAUGGGGACUCCGGUGGGCCUCUGAACUGCCAGGGGGCUAAUGGCCAGUGGCAAGUGCACGGCAUAGUCAGCUUCGGGUCCUCCCUCGGUUGCAACUACUACCACAAGCCCUCUGUCUUCACACGGGUCUCCAACUACAUCGACUGGAUCAACUCGGUGAUUGCAAAUAACUAAUCGCCAGAAGUCCUGGGGACUGAUUCAGAUUUGGAAAGGUCACAGGAGGAAAAUAAUAAUCAUAAUAAAGUGACAACCACAUG